AUGCCGUUCAAGUCUUUAUACGAACAUCUCGACAUCCCCCAAACCAACCUCCUGACCUAUCUCUUCGGCAAUGGAUCCACACUCUCCCACGAGCCCAUCUGGCACAACGCCAAGGAUCCCAGCAAGAAUCUCUCGCCGCAUCAGCUGGUGCAAUGGAUCCGGCGUCUAGGCCUUGGUUUGCAGCGGAUGGGCUUGAAGAGGGGUGACGUGGUCAUGAUGUGCUCGCCGAACCACAUCUUUGUGCCCGUUGCGUAUCUGGGGUUGACGGGCUCGGGCUACAUCUUUAGCGGUGCCAAUCCAGUCUUUACGGUUCAGGAGCUGAGCUACCAGCUCUCAAACACAGAGGCAAAAGCCGUCCUCGCUCACCCCAGCGUCCUCCCCAAGGUCCUUGAAGCCGCAUCAAAAGUCGGCAUCCCCAAGAACCGCAUCUUCCAGUUCUCCGACGAGGAAUCCCCCCUCCAGGAUGGCAUCCCCGACUGGCGAUCCAUGCUCGCCCCUCACCAGGACGCUUACAAAUGGCAAUGGCCCGAGUUCACCCCAACUGAGGCCCGAAACACCGUCGCCACCAUCAACUUCAGCUCCGGCACGACAGGCCUCCCCAAGGGCGUCUGCGUCCCUCACUCCAGCCUCAUCGCCAACGUCGAGCAGGUCAACCACCUCCGCCACGUCCACAGACAGCCCGAAUGGGAUCUCAUGCCGCGCAACCGCUGGGUCGGCCUGCUGCCGCUGUACCACGCCUACGGCCAGCUCUACGCCUGUCUGCUUGCCGGCAAGACGCUGACGCCCAUCUACAUCAUGUCCAAGUUCCACUACGAGGAUUUCCUGGCCACCAUCCAGCGCUACAAAAUCACCCAGCUGCAGAUUGCGCCGCCCAUCGUCGUCAUGCUCGCCAAGCGCCCCGAGACCGUGCGUUACGACCUCUCCAGCGUGCGGCACAUCACAUGCGGCGCGGCGCCUCUGUCCAGAGAGCUGCAGACGACGUGCGAGAAAAAGUUCAACAUUCGCAUCACGCAGGGCUAUGGCAUGACGGAGCUGACUUGCACCGGCAUCAGCUUCGCCGAGGGUCUAGAGGGUGACAGCGGCGGGUCGGUGGGCAGAUUGCUUCCCAACUGCGAGUUCAAGCUGCUCGACGAUGAUGGCAAGGAGGUUGGCGUGGGAACACCUGGCGAGCUCUUCAUCAGAGGCCCCAACGUGUGUUUGGGAUAUUGGAGGAACGAGGCAGCGACACGAGAGAGUCUAGACAAGGACGGUUGGUUUAGGACUGGUGAUAUUGCCGUUUGUGACAAGGACGGCAUGUUUGCCAUUGUAGAUCGAAAAAAGGAACUCAUCAAGGUCAACGGCCUACAAGUCGCCCCAGCUGAACUAGAAGCUGUGCUUCUAGAAAACGAGCACGUCGCCGAUGCAGCAGUUGUCGAAAUCAAAUUCGACGAAGAGGAAUGGCCACGCGCAUACGUCGUCAUCCAGCCAUCCUCAAAGGGCAAAGUCACGCCCAAGGACAUCCAGGACUGGACCGCCACGCGCGUCGCAAAGCACAAGCGGCUGGUCGGCGGCGUCACCUUCAUCGACGAGGUGCCCAAGCUGGCCAGCGGCAAGAUCAUCCGCAAGCUGAUGAAGCAGUGGUCCAAGAGGGAUGCCGAGGAGAUGCUGAAGAAUGGCACGGCGCCUGUGAGGUCGAAGCUGUAG